GGUCCACCCGCCGCGAAGGCCCCUGGGAAGAGGCGGGGAACAAUAUGGCGGAUGGCGAGGAGCCGGAGAAGAAAAGAAGGAGAAUAGAGGAGCUGCUGGCUGAGAAAAUGGCUGUUGAUGGUGGGUGUGGGGACACUGGAGACUGGGAAGGUCGCUGGAACCAUGUAAAGAAGUUCCUCGAGCGAUCUGGACCCUUCACACACCCUGAUUUCGAACCCAGCACUGAAUCGCUCCAGUUCUUGUUAGAUACAUGCAAAGUUCUAGUCAUUGGAGCUGGUGGCUUAGGAUGCGAGCUCCUGAAAAACCUGGCAUUGUCUGGUUUCAGACAGAUUCAUGUUAUAGACAUGGAUACUAUAGAUGUUUCCAAUCUAAAUAGGCAGUUUUUAUUUAGGCCUAAAGAUGUUGGAAGACCCAAGGCUGAAGUUGCUGCAGAAUUCCUAAAUGACCGAGUUCCUAACUGCAAUGUGGUCCCACAUUUCAACAAGAUUCAAGAUUUUAAUGAUACUUUCUACCGACAAUUUCAUAUUAUUGUAUGUGGCCUGGACUCUAUCAUAGCCAGAAGAUGGAUCAAUGGAAUGCUGAUAUCUCUUCUAAAUUACGAAGAUGGUGUGUUGGAUCCAAGCUCCAUUGUCCCUUUGAUAGAUGGAGGGACCGAAGGCUUUAAAGGAAAUGCCCGGGUGAUUUUACCUGGAAUGACUGCUUGUGUUGAGUGCACCCUGGAACUUUAUCCACCGCAGGUCAAUUUCCCCAUGUGCACCAUUGCAUCUAUGCCCAGGCUCCCAGAACACUGUAUUGAGUAUGUAAGGAUGUUGCAGUGGCCUAAAGAGCAGCCUUUUGGAGAUGGGGUUCCAUUAGAUGGAGAUGACCCUGAACAUAUUCAGUGGAUUUUCCAAAAGUCUGUAGAGAGAGCAUCACAGUAUAAUAUUAGAGGUGUUACCUAUAGACUCACUCAAGGGGUAGUAAAACGAAUUAUUCCUGCAGUAGCUUCUACAAAUGCAGUCAUCGCAGCUGUGUGUGCCACUGAGGUUUUUAAGAUAGCCACAAGUGCUUAUGUUCCCCUUAAUAAUUACUUGGUGUUCAAUGAUGUAGAUGGACUGUACACAUACACAUUUGAAGCAGAGAGAAAGGAAAAUUGUCCCGCAUGUAGCCAGCUUCCGCAGAACAUUCAGUUUUCCCCGUCAGCUAAACUACAAGAGGUUUUAGACUAUCUGACCAAUAGUGCUUCUCUGCAAAUGAAGUCUCCAGCUAUCACAGCCACAUUAGAGGGGAAGAACAGGACACUUUACUUACAGUCAGUAACAUCUAUUGAAGAACGAACAAGGCCCAAUCUUUCCAAGACGUUAAAAGAAUUGGGACUCGUUGAUGGACAAGAACUGGCUGUUGCUGAUGUUACCACACCACAGACUGUACUAUUCAAACUUCAUUUUACUUAAGGAAAAUAAAUCUAUAAACAAUAGAAAAUUCAUAGAAAUAAUAUACUUUAUGAAUGCUAAGAAAUAUAAUUGAAGAGUGGGGACAUGAGGCCGAGGGGACAUCCAAGAAAGGAAAUUUAAUUGAUGUCAUUUUUAGCAUUAGUGUUGCUAGAAUUUGACUUUUAUAUAUAUAUAAAAUGAGUGACUCUUUUUUAACUUUCUAAGUUUCUCUGGAAGACUGAACUUUGGGGUUGGGCUAGUCAGCAUUCUCAUUAGUCAUAUGGAAAACGAUGCUUGGAGAGAAAGAUUAUGAACAAAUGUAUUGCUUCCUUAAAGGAGGACAAAUACUGUCUUUUGUGUGAGUUUGUUAUUAUGGUCAAAGAACGUAUUCCUCAGCUCUCAUUUGAGAGUCUACAUGCAUAGAAAUGUAUCCUUGAAUGGAAAUGAGGAAUUAUGUUAUAGGAACAUUAAAUAUUACAACCUGACAUCUAAGUAUAUUAGACAUAGGCUGUUUCUUCAUUACUACUCAUAUAAUUGUGGCUAUCCAAAUGUGUAUUAUUGUAGAGUUUAACUUAUCCAUAAUAAUUUGUAAACAGUAUUACAGACUAAUAAUACCUGUGCAUGAAAAUAUGAAGUAUUUUCAUGUGUUUAUUUGCAAUGCCAUAGAGACCACUAUGCACAAACUUAAACCAAGACAAUGGCUGUUCAAAGAAAAUUAAUGUUUAAACAGUUAUCACUGAUGCUUUUGCACUAUUUAUUAAUAAAACCAUACAUUGUUUACUUUUU